GCAUCCGCUGUCUUAGAGCAUCAACUCGCAACCUCUCCCGUAUCACUUCUAGAACAAAAAGAAAUCUAAAGAUUACUGCACUCUGCAACCUAUGGACCCGGUCCUAAACCUGUACGGGAAGAUCGUUGAAGUUCGGAAACUCCCGAUCAAAGAAUACGUGGUGAGGGAGCGCAGCUUCACCAAACGCGAGCUUCUACCAGAGCAACUACAAAAAGGACCGGGCGAGAAACUAUGGCUAUGGAAAUGGGGCAAGGAGCGUCUCCUUAACGAAGCCCACGCCUUAAAUGUUGUCAGGCAACAUACUAGCAUUCCAGUGCCAGAGGUCUUGGACUACGGGGUGGAUGACAUGGGCCGCACUUUCGUCACAAUGGAACGAAUAUACGGCAUCACACUCGAAAGCAUUGGGAAGGAAUGUCGGAUGCCGUCAUCAGGACGAAAGGCCCAUGUUUCUCAUGGGGAAUGCAAGAUCUGCGCCGACACUGCCCACGCGAACACCGACAUCUUUAUCACCAACCACGUCCUUCCCCAGCUUAGACGGCUCACGUCUGACGUGACCGGGCUAGACGGCUUCGUCCUUCCACCGCCUCGCAUCACCGAGACAGUUCCCAGGGCAGCCUGGCAGCCGAUAACGUCGGCUAAAAGGGAAUUCGUCUUCGUCCAUGGGGACCUCGCUCGGCACAACAUUAUGAUCUCGCCUGAGACCCUGGAGGUCACCUGUAUCUUCGACUGGGAGCAUGCGGGUUACUUUCCGCUUGAGCUGGAGGUAGAUGCGUGGCGCAUGAAUCAUAGCGAGUACUUCCAGCUAUUUACGUGCCAGGAGAGAAUUCAGAGGGAACUAGAGCUGAUAGGGGGUAAAGGACGGCUUCCAUCUUGUAUGAAGGAGGGAUUCAUGUUACGUUCAGAGUAG